AUGUCCCAAUCAUCAACCCUCACGAUCCCCGCCCCCCCCGGCACCACCGUCCCCUUCUUAAUCAACAACGCCGAAGUCCUCGACUCCUCCCAAACCUUCGACGUCGUCUCCCCGGGGACCGGUCUCUUCGCGCACAAAGCGGCGAGCGCCACUCCCGCCGAUGUGGAUGCUGCCGUCGCGGCCGCCGAACAAGCCUUUACCACAUGGCGCAAGACGCUGCCCCGCGAACGCCGCGACCUCUUCCUGCGCGCGGCAGAGAUCUUUGAGCGCCGCCGCGAGGAACUGAUCGGCUACAUGAUGACCGAGACGGGGGCGCCGAGGCAGUGGGCCGAGUUGAAUGUGAGCGUGUCGAGGGACCUGACGAUCGAUGUUGCGGGACGGGUGGCCAGUCUGGAGAGUAGCAUGCCGACGACGCAGGAUCCCGAGGUCGGGGCGAUCGUGCUGAGGGAGCCGUUUGGGGGUUGUGUUGGCCGUGGCGCCUUGGUGAGUAGUCCUCCUCUCUCUCUCUCUCUCUCUCUCUCCUCAUUCGGCUAGAACGCCCCCUACAUCCUCGCCACACGUUCCGUCGUCUUCCCCAUCGCCGCCGGUAACACGGCCAUCCUCAAAGGGAGCGAGCUCUGCCCGCGCACCAUGUGGGCCCUCUGCUCCGUCUUCAUCGAGGCCGGCCUGCCGGCGGGCGUGCUCAACCUGCUCUUCCACGCCCCCGCCAACGCCCCCGCCAUCACCCAGCAGCUGAUCGCCCACCCGGCUGUGAAAAAGAUCAACUUUACCGGCAGCACCAUGGUCGGCCGCAUCAUCGGCCGGCUGGCGGGCGAGCACCUGAAGCCGGUGCUCCUCGAGCUGGGCGGCAAGGCCCCCGCCAUUGUGUGGGAGGAUGCCGACCUGGACAAUGCCGCGGCGCAGUGUGCUCUGGGCGCCUUCCUCAACUCGGGCCAGAUCUGCAUGUCGACGGAGCGCAUCCUCGUGCACAAGAACGUGCGCGCCGAGUUCGAGAAGAAGCUCGUUGCUGCGAUUGAUCAUAUUUUUGGCGGCGAGCAGGACGCGCCCAUCUUGAUUAACGCGCCCGCGGUCACCAAGAACAAGUCCCUGCUGGCCGACGCCCUGUCCAAGGGCGCCCGGGUGCUGUAUGGCAACCCGGACGCGGUCGAGUCCACGCCUACCCGCAUGCGUCCUGUCGUUAUCACGGACGUGACGCCGGAGAUGAAUAUCUACAAGACGGAGUCUUUCGGUCCUACCGUCGCCGUGUACGAGAUCGAGACCGAGGAGGAGGCGCUGCGGAUCGCGAACGAUACCGAGUACGGGCUGACGUCGGCCGUGUUUACUGAGGAUUUGCGCAGGGGUCUGCGGUUUGCCAGGGAGAUCGAGACUGGUGCUGUGCACAUCAACAGCAUGACUGUGCACGAUGAGAGCGCGCUGCCGCAUGGUGGCGCGAAGGCGAGCGGGUAUGGCCGGUUUAAUGCCGCGACGGGACUGGCGGAGUGGGUGAGGACGAAGACGGUUACUUUUAAGUAUUAG